AUGCUGUCUUUACGCCGUUCCAUCAGCAAGGCCUUGCAGCUGCCACAUCUGACCUUACUGUUCAAGGGCUAUGAGACGGCCAUGCAUCAUACCCUCAAGGAUGCCGGCCUCGAGAACCAUUCGGAGGUCCAAGCAGUGCCCGUCACGGAGGUGGCCCUCGCGUCCGCUUCGGCCGACGGCAUGGUUUACAUUUGGGACGCCAUCAGCGGGAAGUGUCUCGAAACACUCAGGGGGCAUGAUUCAAAGGCGGUGCAUUGUUGCGUGUUUUCGGCCAGCGGACGGCUGGUCGGCACAAGCAGUACUGAGUGCGCCAAAGUUUGGGAAACGGCCACAGGGCUUUGUGUAUGCACCUUGGAAGGCCACAAAGAUUGGGUCGUUAGCAUUUGCUUCAAUGCCACCGAGAAUCUUGCCAUCACCGCCAGCCUGGACUGUAGUGCCAGGCUUUGGGAGGUCAGCUCUGGGAGGUGCUUCCAAGUUCUUCCUGGUGGUGUCAGCCCAAUCUUUUGGGCCUGUUUUGACCCUGAGCCAGAAAAUCAAGAGGUGGCCACGGCCAGUGCUGAUGGCACUGCUACGAUCUGGAAGCAGACUGGAGAGGUGCAGCAAGUUUUGCAAGGCCAUGAAGACAACGUGGUGAUGGUCAGCUACUCUGCGAACAGCACGCGACUACUGACUGCAUCGCAGGACCGGACAGUGAGGAUGUGGGAGGCUUUGUCCGGAAUUUGCAUGCGGGAAUUCCGUGGGCACACGGACACCGUGCAGUCCGCCUUCUUCUCGGGCGACAGCCGCUUAAUUGUGAGCGGAUCGUUGGAUCGCACUGCCCGGAUCUGGGAGACCAAGACCGGAGACUGCUUGCGGACCUUAGCGGGCCACUCGGGCUCUGUGCUCUUUGCCAUCUUCUCGGCAGAUAGCAGCUUUGUCGCCACCUCUGCCAGGGACAGCUGCAUUCGGACCUGGGACACUAAGACGGGGCGUUUGCAGCGAAUCUUCGAAGGCCACCACGGCAAGGUGAACUCGCUGUCGUUUGUCUCCUUCUGA